ACUCAUCAGCCAAUGCAAAUGGCUAUGCCUAGUAACAAAUGUAAAUAUUGUGUGCUAAAUGUCAUACUAGUCCCUUUCAAAAAGAGAAUUCAGUGUCUGGAAAUAGCAUUAGUACUAGAAAAACAUCAAGAAUUGAUAGCACAUGGAUGUAGGCAGAUUUUCCUUGCCAUGGAUAAAUGAUUUUCAGCACUCUGCUGGGUUUUCAUGCUUUUUUUGUUAUCAGUGACAGCUCUGGAGGACUUAAGGAGUGUGGUUCGUUGUCCUUGUUACAGAUAGAGUUCAUCUCCAGCAUGUGGAAAGUGCUGCUCCUGGGGCUAUAUACAGUAUUGGCCGUGAGAGGGUUGGCAAAGGGCGCUCCGUUCCAACCAGAAGAAAAAUGGAAACCUCUGGAUAACCCGAGAAACAGAGAGCUGUUUUUCAGAACGCUCCAGGCUUAUUUUUCGGGCAGGGGUCUUGAUCUCACAAAGUUCCCAGCUACUUUCACUAUGAACAAUGAAGGACCAAGGCCUGUCAUGUUCUACUCAGAUCCUAUUGCUUCUGCAUUUGCAGAUUAUGAAGAAAGGAGAAAUUCUUUUCCAAAUUCUUUCAAAGGCUGAAAGAUGCUGCUGACCCAGGCAUUAACUUUUGAACUUCACGUGAAGCGGUAACCUUCAUAGCAAAAUAUUACUGCUUUGACUUUUUAACUGGUACCGAACAAUUUAGCCUUUUCCUCACUACCAAGGUUUUUACAUAUGGGAUCUGAUGUUCUGCUGUAAUUAGCACACUCGCUGUCUAUUGACAAAUAAUGUGAUGUUUGCCUGCUGCUGUUUGCUCAGAAUUGUGUUCGUUUAAAUGCCAAUAAAUGAGGAGUGCAAUGGAGCGCUUCUAACUACU